GCGGCGGGAGCGCACGCGCGGGAGGAAGGGGCGGGCGGCGCGCGCCGCACGUGAAGGUCGCGGCGGUCCCGGUGCCGGGAUGGAUGCGCCGUCUGCCGCCGGGUUGGGGGGCGCCGACCCUCAGCUCCAGCGAUUUAUCGAGGUGGAGACGCAGAAGCAGCGGUUCCAGCAGCUGGUGCAUCAGAUGACCGAGCUGUGCUGGGAGAAGUGUAUGGACAAGCCGGGUCCGAAGCUGGACAGUCGGGCCGAGACGUGCUUCGUGAACUGCGUGGAGCGCUUCAUCGACACCAGCCAGUUCAUCCUGAAUCGGCUGGAGCAAACACAGAAGUCCAAAUCAGCCUUCUCAGAGAGCCUGUCCGACUGAGUGGGACCUGCGCCCUGGGGGACGCCGGCCAGCCCCCGCGAGGCCGAGCCCUCCACCGCGCCAGCUCCUGGUCACUCUGCCGUCUGAAUGAGCCAGGACCAGACCGGGGGGUUAGGAUUUAAUUAAAUGCCAGCCUCGGGGAAGCUGCAGCCAGAUGAGAGCCCACGACAGAGGCACAGCCACUCCUCUAUGGGGUGAUGUGUUGCUCACAGCCCUGCAGCUGUCCCUGUGCUGGGACUCAAGGGCUGCUGGUGCUGUGCAGGGAGCAUUUGGAACGCACAUGCUGAGCUGAAUGGAGCGGUGGGGAUGCUCCUGGCACAGAGGUGAGCCCCACCUGUGAGCACUGCCAUCAGUGGUUCUGCAUGGAACAAACCCUCCCAGGGGUGCUCACUGACCCCAUGGGCACCACUGCUGCACACUCAGCCUUAGCUGGAAGAGCUGGUGGCGCACAGUGAUCGUCCCAGGCAGUACCAUGACUGGAAAACACUUUCAGUCUUCCAUAGGUAAAUCAUUCACCUGGCCAAGUUACAAAUUCUCAGAUUGCAGCACAACUCUGUCGAUACUGACUUGCUCCAUUGAUUGCUUUCCCCUGAUUAAUGUAAUAAAUAUUAACUGGGUCAAUUUUUAA